AAAAUUUGUGCGCAUGCGCUAUAGUCCCUCCUCGUGUUCCUUUCUUCUUGAAAAUGAGUUCCCUCAAGCUACAGAAGAGGUUGGCGGCAGCAGUUUUGAAGUGUGGGAAGCGUAAAAUUUGGCUAGACCCUAACGAAGCAACUGAGAUAAGCAAUGCCAAUUCCCGUCAGAGUGUUCGUAAGCUAGUGAAAGAUGGUUUAAUUAUCAAAAAACCGCAAAUCAUUCACUCAAGGUCUCGUGUUAGACGAGCAAUGGAAGCAAAAAGGAAAGGACGUCAUUCAGGUUACGGUAAAAGGAAGGGAACAGCUAAUGCUCGUAUGCCGGAGAAGGUAAUCUGGAUGAGGAGGAUGAGGACAUUAAGGAGAUUAUUACGGAAAUAUAGAGAAGCCAAGAAAAUUGAUUGUCAUUUAUAUCAUAUGCUUUAUAAAAGAGUCAAAGGCAAUGUCUUCAAGAACAAACGUGUUCUAAUGGAGUACAUACACAAGAAGAAAGCUGAAAACCUAAGGGCCAAGCAAUUAGCUGACCAGGCGGAGGCCCAAAGACUUAAGAGUAAGCAGGCAAGACAAAGGAAAGCAGAAAGGAAAGCUCAAAAGAAGGCGGAGCUACUGGCUCUCCUGGCUAAGGAGGACGAGCAAAAGAAAUAGAGAACAAAUGUGUGCUUUAAUUGGAAUAAAUCUCUGUUCUGUUUUCAGCAAAUGUUUUACAAUAAAUGAAA